AUGGUCCUCUGGACCUAUUCUGCUUCGGACUUUGUCCCUGCAGCCUUUCCUCUGUAUCCAUUCUACUCAGGAUUCAUCCUGAUUCCUCCGGAAGUUUCCCACACCCCUCCGGAAGUUUCUCGCACUCAUCCAGAUCCGGAUGGUCCUUCCGGACUUUCCCAUGCUCCUUCGGAAGUCCUAUGGACUUCCUUGGACUUCCUCCAGAUGUCAUCUGCAAUUAAGGGCACAUACUCGGGUAAGGGGCGCAGCGCACGAGCUGAAGCCAAGCCCUUCGGAAUCAGUCCUACCCUUUGCUGGAAACAACUCUGGGUUUACACAGAUGACGAUCGCAUCAUGCGGCCUGUGAUUCAAAAAAUUGUUGAGCCAGAGCGCAACAUCGUCAUCUCAGAUCCUUGUGCCUCCCUCACUGGAACUCAGUUCACUGACAGUGGGUGUGGCGACACUGGGUUCAAUGAUGGGUUCAAUGAUGGGUUCAAUGAUAUUGGAUUUAAUGACACAUUUUUCGAUGAUUAUUUCAUGUCUGCUAUGAGUUUGUUCAAUGGUGAUUGGGUAGGUACAGAUACCACAGUGUUCGGGGUUGGAUUCCCAAUGCCUGCUGUGGAUGUGCUGCCUUCAGCUCCUGCCCCAGCAAUCAUGGAGUUACCUUCCCCAGUUCCUGCUGCAGCAGGGAUUGGGUCGGAAUAUGAUCCAUAUGAUGAGAAAAGCCUUCAGAAAAACUUUCCUGUCACCACUAUCUGCAUCUAUGAUGCCAAGAUCCUCGCUGGGCAGCGCUUGAAUACUCAAGGCAUAAAAAGGACAUUGUUUAAUUCAUUCUGCAAGGAUGGCAUCAUGGAAAUGGUGACAGUUGCAAAGCAUGCCAGUCGGCCAGUAGAGAGAGGCAUUAAGUGUCAGGAAACUGAUGAGGUCAAACCCUUGAAUAUGGAGUGCAAACAGAUUAUUGACAUUAUAUACAAGGAAUGGGACAGAUUAGUCAGAUCAGUAAAGGAGGUUUCUCUUUCUCUCACCAACAGCCCACGGAAAAUACAUCUGGAUGGAUUCAGAUUGAACAACUAUGAUGCCAAGACGGUCAUACCAUACAUCGCUCAACUUACCAGUCUGAUGACCUGGAAUGGUGAGUAUCAGAAACUUCCGGAGCACUUGAUAGCUACUGCAUGCGGCAUGUAUGUGAUUUACUUUAGGUGUCGACUUCCCGGGCACCCAUCCAUCAACAUUUCAUCCACCGCAUUGGAGAAAGAAUCAGCAUCCCAGCUGCAAAUCCUCAGGACUGUCCGCCAGAAUGCGAGCGUGGACUUGCAAGCCCAAGAGCUGAAUUCAUGGAUCAACACUUGGGAUGGCCUGAAUGGCUGGCUGGAAGACCUGUAA